AUGCUCUCGAGGUCUCUCUUCAUACUGACGGCAUUGCUGCCAUUCCUUGUCAGUUGCCAGACUCCUGUAGAGAACAACGCCUUAGGUACCCCAAACCUCGUUCAUAAUGGAAGCUUCACCGAAGGAACUCCUGGAUGGUCGGUUCAACCAUCUGGUUCUAUUCGUAAUGGCAUGCUCUGCGUCAUUGUACCGGCCAACACUGCUGCCAAUGCGAGCUAUAUCCAGACCACACAGAACUUCACCCAGGUCAAGAACGACAUCUACUAUCUGAACUUUACCGCUUCGGCUACUCAUGCUACCAACCUUUGGAUACAGACAAAUGGCUAUGAUCCUUCUGCUGGUGGUGCUCCAGUCGACCCCAAUUUGAACACAACCCAAGUGCCUUUGACGACAUCUAUUGAGCCUUUCUCAUUCACUUUCUCCCCAGCCAACCAGGAGAACAACUCUACGUUGACAUUUUUCCUUGGUGGAAGCAAUUCCACAAACGAGAUUUGUCUCGGCGAUGUUACCUUGCACCGCAUCAACCGUCUACCGUACCUUCAAGACACUGGGAGAUCGAUCAAGAUCAAUCAACAUGGUUAUCUGCCAAAUGGCCCAAAGCGUGCUACCCUCGUCUCGCAGAGCAACUCGUCUCUGACGUGGCAUCUCCAGGACAAUAGCGGUGGAUCGGUCGUAUCUGGGCAGACUGUCCCAAUAGGCAAUGACACGGCAUCUGGCCUCAACGUCCAUACUAUUGAUUUCACCAACUACACCACCAGAGGCGCUGGCUUCCGUCUAAAAGUUACUGCUGACGAUAGCAGUUAUCCUAUUGUCAUAUCGGAUCAACUAUAUUCAACACUCCGGCAAGACUCCAUGCAGUUCUUCUACCAACAACGUAGCGGAAUUGCCAUCGAUGCCGAACUCGUUGGAUACCAAUAUGCUCGACCAGCUGGUCACAUUAAUGUUUUUCCUAACCAGGGCGAUGUCGUGACACCUUGUCAGUAUGAGUGGGAGUCGAAUGUCACAUACCUCGAACCAUGGACAUGCAACUAUACACUUGAUGCAUCGCAGGGAUGGUAUGAUGCUGGUGAUCAAGGCAAGUAUGUCGUCAACGGAGGAAUCUCUACCGCUCAAAUUUUGAUGGCCUACGAGCGAUCAUUGCACACGACCAACAGCUCAUCCAAACCGCUUGGCGACGGAUCGCUGAGGAUACCAGAACGUUCGAAUGGUUAUCCAGACUUUCUUGACGAAGCUCGCUGGGAAAUGGAAUUUAUGCUCAAGAUGCAGGUUCCUCAAAACUCACCACCACAGUUGUUCAACGGUUCAUACAUUGAUACGUCAGGGCUCGUCCACCACAAACUGCACGACAAUCAAUGGACACCAUUGCCAACACCUCCCAAUCUCGAUUCAAAGCGAAGAGAACUACACCGUCCGUCCACAGCUGCAACACUCAACAUGGUAGCUACAGCAGCAAUGAGCGCAAGACUCUGGGCUUCAUUCGAUGCUGCCUUUGCCAAGCGAUGCUUGAGUGCUGCUCGCAUAGGUUAUGCCGCCGCCAAAGCCAACCCUGCGAUCUACGCUCCAGGUACCGACUGGGAUCUCGGAGGUGGCGCAUACAGCGAUGAUGAUGUGAGAGACGAAUUCUACUGGGCAGCUGCUGAGAUGUACAUCACCACAUCCGAAGCCCAGUUCGAGAAGGACGUCAUGUCCAAUUACUAUUACACAGCUAACACAUCGACCCUGUUCCCCGAGGGUGGUUUCGGAUGGUCGUCUAUGCAGUCAAUUGCACAGAUGGACCUCGCCGCUGUGCCAAACAACAUCACUGGAAGGGAUGCCAUCAUCGAGUCUGUAAUGACAGGUGCUGAUCGAUAUAUGGCUAUUCAGAAGACACAGCCUACAGAUGUGUUCAUAACCUCAUACCCUUGGGGCAGUAACAGUAACCAGCUGAACUGCAUUCAAGUCGUCGCAACCGCCUACGACAUCUCGCGAAACAGCUCUUACCGCACCUCGGCCCUGUCAGGCAUGGACUACAUCUUCGGUCGCAAUGCUCUCUCCCAGUCAUACGUUCAUGACUACGGCACGAAGACUUCGAGCAACAUGCAUUCUCGACUUUAUGCGGCUGAGCUCAGUCGUCUUAUCAUACAAGAUCCAAUCGUGCCACCUCCACCCAAGGGUGCACUGGCCGGUGGUGCGAACGAGAGUCCUGCUGAUCCGCCUGCUGAUGAUGUUUUGAAGGGUUGCGUAGGACAGUUGUGCUACGUAGAUGAUGUGAACAGUUAUAGUACGAAUGAGGUAGCCGUAAACUGGGGAAGUGCUUUGGCUUGGGUUGCUAGUUGGGCGGCUGAUCAGUAG